GAGCUGAUGGCUAGACAGUGCAUUUUUAGAUCAUGGUUGUCCCUAGCUAUUAGAAGCAAUAAUGGUUUGACUUCGCAAGUGAAAAUGACGAAAAUGCUUUUUUUUCGUCACAUGAACUCGUAAUGAAAGAAGGUGAAUUAUGUACAGCUUGAGAUUAAAAAAAUGGAAAUUCUGGGUUACAAGGUUCACUUUAUGUAUCAGUGUCAUAAUGUCUCUUCCAUCCUUCAGAAUAUCUAUAAACAAUUUAAAAGAAACAGAAAAGUGUCCAAUUUGUUUUGGUCUUGCAGCAUGUCAUUUUAUUGAUGAUAAUGAAAUAACUAUUAAUCACAGAGAUAUGUACGCGUUGUUUACAAAUGCAUUUGGAGUUAAGAACGUAUAUUACGGUAAACUAAGGAAUAGGGAUGUCGUUUUGAAGAAAUUGGCUCAUCGUUCAGAGUUCAAUGCUUUCGAUGAAUCAAUAAGUAAGGUUGUGAAAGAAAAAUACAGUGAUUUUCAGAUGCUCGUUCAAAGAGCUAUAAAUACUGACAUGAACGAUACUAUGAGUAAAUUGAGACUCUGUCCAACAGUAAAACAUGUUAAUUUGCUCUUUAAUAAUGUUCUAAGUAAAGAGGAUUUUACGUAUGAACAUCUCUGGACGCUGAUUAAAAUCAAUCCUGAACCGCUCAUUCUUCAGAUUUUACCAUCAGAAAAAGGGUGGCCAGUUCCCAAACAUUACGGAGCUUGCGGCAGACUAGUUAUUCAAGAAUUUGUAGGCCCGUCAUUGUCUACUUUUUCUGGCGAACCAUGGAUCCGUAGAGCUGCAAUUGCUUCCACUUUACUUGACGCAGCUUAUAUGUUCACAUUCCAAGAUGAAAACUUUGCAUAUUAUUUAACAGAUAUUUCGUCUGAUAAUAUUGCUAUUGAUUCAAAAAACAGAGCUAAAUUUAUUGAUUUGGAAAACAUUAUUGUUGUAGAUAAAACAACUCCAGUGAAAGAUCAAUCAAAAACAUGGCAAGAUGUACACAGAAGUGAUGGAAACUUUGAUUGCGAAACAUGUUUAGUAUUUUCUCCUGCUGAAAUAUGUGAGCACAAAGUUAGCGACCAUAACUACUACGCUAUUUGCAAACUCAUCCUAGCUCAAAGAAUCAGUAAAACACAGAUAUCAAAAGGAUUCUUGCAUGAUGUACCAGCCAAGAUUUUGGAACAGUUUCCAACUCUUACACAAUUACUGAGCCAGUGCUCUGAUCCACAAUUAUUUCACCAGAGAAUUAGUAGUGGAAUUGAACUCAACAAGCUGUUACAAAAUAUUAUCAAAUAUGUGUAAUUUUUAUUCAUUUUAAUCAAGUUAUAUAUCGUUCAUUUUAGUUAUUUCACGUAUAUCUAACAGCAAAAGUUGCGUAUCGAAUUAUAGGUAGUCGAUUAGUAAUGUAAGAAUUUGAACAAACACAACGUGCUUAAAAUUAAUUUUAAUGCCACCCAAGCUAAUUUUCAAAACUAAAAACGUAUUUGAAACGCUUUCAACAUGUAACGAAUCAAGUGAUCUUUAUUUAUAAAGAAAAAUUUUAUUUGCAAAAA